AUGAGUGCCACUGAUUACAGGGCUACGGCUUUAUUGACCGAGCAUUUUGGGUUCCCACCGCUUGCGAUUAUUGAUGAUGUUAUAAAUGCGGUCAAUGACAUUAUGUAUAAAUGCACACAAGCGAUGGAGACAUAUUUAAAUGAGAGACAACAGAAACGACUAGAAGAGAUAACAAAGGAGAAGAACAGCGACGAGGAUGUUGUGAUGGAGGGAGCCGAGGACACGAAGUCUGCAAUUCCGGAUGACGAAAUACAAUUAGGUACGGCCAAGUUGGAAACGUUGUUGGAAAGUCAAGUUGACAAAAAUUUCGAUAAAUUCGAAUUGUAUGCAUUAAGAAACAUUUUCACGGUUCCUUCAGACUUAGUGAGAGAAGGAUGGGUGAGGUUGACGCAUCACGAGGGUAUAGAGUUCCAGCAAGACGACAAUUCACAUAAACUUGAUGAAGAAAUAGAAAAGUUGAUCAAAUUCAUAAACAUGGAACUAAGCCUCCGUAAGAUUCUAAAGCUUCAAAUAACAAAGGCCAACAAGCUUGUGCGGAUGCUCAGACAGUUUCGCCUGUGUUUGGUCUUCUUGGACCACGAAAAUAAUAAUGGUGAGAAAUUGACGGCCGAAGCACGUCUUGCAAUAAAGUCUCUUUCCCCCUUGGAUGAAAACUUGUAUUUCUUGCUAUCUCAAGUAGAUGACUUAAUAGGACAAGUUCUGAACAUGCAUAGCAAAUUUAAGAAUGGCGUUUCCCAGGGUGGAAUCAGUGACAUGACCUUUACGCCUACAGUGAGAGAUAGAUACAUACAGGGCAAGUCCUUUAAAUUACUUGAGAGCAUUGGGGUAUUGGAACCAGACCAUCUCCAGAACUCCCAGAAUGAAACCUUGCAUAUUACAGACUUCAAUUCGACUACUGACAUCGAAAACGUGAAGCAAAUUAAUGAAACAUUGCAGUCAAUAAAGCUGCCAGAACCUCAUCCGCAACUUUCUUCUGGAUAA